CCUACGCUCUUGUCAUUCUUUCUUCUGCCAAGAAUCUGAGAACAGUAAAUUCAAUUCGUUUGUGAGGUGCUCAAUGUUUUACCUUAAUCCUUCUCUCUUCUUUGACUUACUUGUUUUGAUUUAAUCACAAGGCUCCGCUGCUAAAUUUGUUGCUUCAACUCAUUAUUCUUUAUCCUUCUUGGAUUUCUUUGUCAGAAAUCUUGUUUUGUGGGCUUCUUGUUUCCUGGAUCUUACAAAAGGUUCUUCUUUUUUACUCGUUCCCUUCGUGAAAUUCAUCAUUUUUAGGUUGUAUCUAGAGUUUGAUCGUUGUUCUUGGUGAUUCUUUCUGUUAAAAGGCAAUGGCAACUCUAGCACCUGGGAUUCUGGUAAAAUUACUCAGUGGGAUGAACACGGGACUCAAGCCCACAAGCGAGCACAGAAGUUCACUUCUUCAAGUAACCGAUAUCGUUCCAGCCGAGCUUGAUGAGAAGAACCUCUGGCCUAAACACGGAUUCUACAUUAAAGUCUCUGAUUCUUCACACUCUAUAUACGUCAGUCUUCCUUCUGAUCAAGAUGAUUUUGUUCUCAGCAACAAGAUGCAACUAGGGCAAUUCAUAUACGUUGAUAGAUUGGAGCCAGGAUCUCCAGUUCCAGUUGUUAAAGGUGCAAAGCCGCUUCCUGGCAGGCACCCAUUUGUGGGCACCCCAGAACCAUUAAUGGGUCUGAGAGAAAAAGGAGAAAAAAGUGAGCAAAAAGCCAAUUCAAAGGUUUCAGGUCAAAGAAGAGGAUCUUGGGGACAAAACGGGGUUGAUGGGGUCUCAUCUCCCAUGGUUCUGAAGCCAGUUCCUUUGGAUUUUGAUCCAUGUACACCAGUUAAAGAGCGGCCUAGUGCUAUUAAAACUAUGUCACCGAUGAUAAGAGGGAGAGUAGCGAAGGAUGGCAGUGUUAAUGCUGGUAUUAGGUGCUCUUUUGGUGGGGGACUUUUGGCUAAAAUGGUGGAUAUGAAAGGAGAAAGUCCUGCAUUGCUAAGGAAAAGUUGUGUUGCGCCUUCUGCUUCCAAGUUUCCAAGAAGCAAGAGUGUCUGCGAACGAGAGCCACGCAUCCCAGUUAGUCCCUUCAACUCAGCUGAAAAGAAAAGUUCAACACCACCACCAAAUUUAAGGAACGCAAGACCCAUAGCUUCCCUAAAUAAGGCCGGAGAUUCAGAAAACUCGAACUCAAGGGUGGUUCCACAACCACCUUCUCAGUCUGUUAAUUCAGCCUCAGAUAGCAGCACCAGUCUGGCAAAGAACUUGCCAGGAAAGCUAAGCAUAUUAGGCAAGGAAGCUGUGCAGCAGCGAGAAACGGCUCAGAAGAUUGCCCUUCAAGCACUAAGAGAAGCUUCAGCUACAGAAACGCUAGUUCGCUCUCUCAAGUUGUUUUCGAACUUGAGCAAAUCGGCAAGAGCGGAUGCUCCAGCAGCUUGCUUUGAGAAGUUUAUAGAAUUUCAUCAACAGAUUGUGCAAGCAGUGAGUGAUAUGGUAUCCAUUCAGGCAGCCACUGAAAUGGCUCAAAAUCCAAAAGAUAGAAAGCCUGAAGAAGAAGAAGAAGAAUCACCAAUCUUACACGAAAUCAAUAACUCAAUGGACCAAUCCCGGAACUCGGAAUUGAGUACAUCUAAAAGGCGAUUGGCAUUGUACAAAUCAGUUUCUGUCUUUCCGGGAAGAGUAGAACAGAAGACAAACUUCGAAAAGCUCCUUAGAUCAAAUUCUAACACGAAGGCAAGUUCAGAGAGAAAAGCACCAUCAACCCCACUUGGUAAACUUAACCUUGAAGCCAUUGCUGAGAAUGAUGAAAACAGGAAACCAGUGGUAUCUUGCAGCUUAAACCAUACAAUCAGAUUGGGUAAGCAGAUAGAAACUGAAGCUGGAAAUUGGUUUAUGGAGUUUCUUGAGAAAGCUUUGGAAACGGGUAUGAAGAAAUCAAAAGGCGCAGGAGAUGCGGAUGUUAAGAAAGUUCCUCAGUCCCUCAUACUCAAAAUUAUUAAUUGGGUGGAGGUAGAACAGUGUGAUAGUAGUAAGAAGCAGGUUCAUCCCAAAGCUGCACAAAUAGCCAGGAAGCUGAGAAUCAAGAUGAAGAACCCUUGAAGGAAUGAUUUAUCAAAGUUUUUUGAUAAUAUUGUGAUGACUUUCUGGCUUGAUUUCUGUUGUCUAAUUUUAUAGAGAUUCUGUACUUGUUGCCUCUUAUGUAUGCAUAUGUUAUUCAUAUAGUCA